AUUCAUCUAAGCAAUAACAUUUGCACUUAGAGGAAUUUGUUAGCUUGUCAGAAACAACUUGUUUCAGAAUUUAAUAUAUUUAUAACUCAUUUCUUCAGAUAUUGAUCAAAUGGCUUCUGCAGCUCCAUCUCGCCUUGUGGUCCUUGCUAUUUCAAUGGUUUUGUUUUCCUCAGUUGCUAUGGCUACUGAUUUCGUGGUGGGUGGUGAGAAAGGUUGGACUCUUGAUUUUAACUACACAGAGUGGGCACAAGACAAAGUUUUCCAUGUUGGUGACAACCUUUUGUUCAAUUACGACAACACGAAGCACAAUGUGGUGAAAGUGAAUGGAACACAGUUCCAAGAGUGCAACUUCACAGCAAAUAACGAGGUACUGUCGAGUGGAAAGGACACGAUAACCUUGAAAGCGGAAGGAAAGAAGUGGUACGCUUGUGGGAAAGCUAAUCACUGCGCUGACCAUCAAAUGAAGUUCGCCAUCACCGUUGAAGCCGCUGCUCCCGCACCAGCUCCUUCUUCUGCCAACUCUGUCAUCGCUUCUCUCUCUGGGGUCUUCCUCUUUGCCAUUGCAGCCAUCUUCGCGUGAGGAUAUAUACAGAUUUCAUUCUACAAAGUCACUAGCACAUGAGGAAUCAAAAGUUAUUUUUAAAAUUUGUUAUAGUCAGCCAAGUUCAACAAUAACUCCAUGUCAUUUGGAAUACCAGAUUUUUAAAUUGUAAUUUGCAAAUUUUAUUUAUAUAUUUCUUUAAUUAAAGAAU